AUGGAUGAUGAAAAUAAUGUUAAAUUCACUGCUCAAGAUUUAUAUGAUAAUAAAGCUGACAAGAACCAUACACAUGAAUCCUUCACUACUGUUAGAGCAGACGACAUAAUAUUGAACUAUACCCUUGGUUCAAAUGCACCAUUAGAAAAUCCAAGUACAAGCGUAAAAGAUACUCUUAACAAUUUAGAUAACAGUUGCAGGAAUAUCGAAGAUCAUGCCAGAAACUUUGAAGCAUAUGAACUACCAACAAUGUUAGAUAAGAAAGCAGACAAAACAGAGCUUCAAACAUUAAAGACAGAAAUACUUCAAACAUUAUAUCCUGUUGGUUCUAUUUAUACGUCAAUGAACUCAACAAAUCCAUCAACAGUUUUAGGUUUUGGUAUGUGGAAGCAGAUUGUAGAUAAAUUCUUAUACUGUGCUAGAUAUUCAAAGCAAACAGGAGGUUCGAAGAAAAUUAAAGAAGCAAACCUUCCACCACACACUCAUACAGGAACUACAAACACAACAGGUAAUCAUUCACAUUCAAUAACAAAAAGAGGUUAUACAAAUCUUGCAGCAGGUUCGGAUAGACAGGGAAUGAAUAGAUAUGAUAUUUCAACUGACCCAGUAGAUUCAAACGCAGGUAUUUUCUGUGGAACCACAGGAAAUCAUUCACACACUUUCACAACAAAUCCAACUGGUUCGGGUGCAGAUUACAUGCCACCAUUUGUGACUAUAUUCGCAUGGUACCGCGUUCAAUGA